CUGGUGGAAGAGAGAGACCUGUUUCUGACUAUGUCGAGGAAAAAGCUGGAGAACAAAAGCUUUUCUGGCUUGUUAGCUACAUCUCUGCAGACACAAAUCAAGACAGAUAAUUUCCACAAUUUUUAUAUGCUUGAGUCAAAAGAGCUGGGAAGAGGAAGAUGUGCUGUGGUUAGAAAAUGUAUAGCUAAAUCCACAGGCCAAGAGUAUGCAGCCAAGUUUUUAAAAAAAAGAAGAAGAGGUCAAGACUGCAAAGCAGAGAUUCUUCAUGAGAUUGCUGUACUUGAGUUAAUGAAAUCUAAUCCUCGCGUCGUUAAUCUCCACGAAGUCUAUGAAACAGCAAAUGAAAUCAUCUUGGUGUUGGAAUAUGCUGCUGGAGGAGAAAUAUUUGACUUGUGUGUCCCAGAUCUGGAUGACAGAAUUAGUGAAAGGGACAUUGUAAGACUUAUAAGACAAAUACUUGAAGGACUACGCUGUUUGCAUGAAAACAAUAUUGUUCAUCUUGAUUUAAAGCCUCAAAAUAUUUUGCUGAGCAGCAUCAAUCCUCUUGGUGAUGUAAAAAUUGUAGAUUUUGGGAUGUCUCGGAAGCUGGAGAGUUGCAGUGAACUGCGGCAGAUCAUGGGGACCACAGAGUAUCUAGCUCCAGAAAUCUUAAACUAUGAUCCUAUUACCACAGCUACAGAUAUGUGGAAUAUAGGUGUAAUUUCAUACAUGCUGCUGACACAAGAAUCUCCAUUUGUGGGAGCUGAUAAUCAGGAAACCUACCUUAAUAUUUCUCAAGUUAACGUGGAUUACUCAGAAGAAACAUUUUCAUCAGUUUCACAGCCUGCCAAAGACUUCAUUCAAAAACUUCUCAGAAAAAAUCCAGAGGAAAGACCCACAGCAGAGGCCUGUCUCUCUGACCUGUGGCUGCAGCAAGGGGAGCUCACCCUCCUGUGGAGCCCUGAGGAAAGGUGCUGCUCUCCUCCCACGCCGGGACACGCCACGAAGGGCUCAGAGGAGUGGAGUGUGAAAUCCAGCUGCAAUGGUACCUGCAGCAGCAAGGAGGACAAAGAGAACAUUCCAGAGGACAGCACCAUGGUCUCCAAACGUUUCCGUUUUGAUGACUCUUUGCAGUAUCCCCAAGACUUUGUGACAGACUUUGUCUGUUAGUGUGUGAUACAGACUUCAUAAAACGAAUUCAGCAUAAUCUACAGCAGUGGCAAAUAUGAGAUGGUGGCUUGCCAAUCCAUGGAGCAUUGGCAGACUGGAAAUGCACUUUGAUUCUUUUAUGCUGGUGUUGCCUUUUCUAUCCAUUGCUGGCAGUGGAUUUAACUCUUGAGAAAUUGGGGGUGCACCAGUAAAAUGAAUUUUUUUUUUUUUUAAGAAGAUAUAAUUAAAUAUUUUUGCACUUUUUGAGUUUUAGUACAAAAAUAAUGC